GCGGGCGAGCGCGCAGUCGCGCGGCGAUUCGGAGCCUGCAGGACGCUCCCCGCUGUCUGCGAGCUCUGAGAGGCCAUGGGGCGCGCAUCCGUGGAGCUCGAGUCGUGGCUGCUUACGCUGUGGCUGCUGUUGUGCAGCUGGGGGUGCCUGGCGAGCGCCGAGCUGAGGGCCCCGCCGGAUAAGAUCGCCAUUAUUGGAGCUGGAAUUGGUGGCACGUCGUCAGCCUAUUAUCUGCGACAGAAAUUUGGGAAAGAUGUGAAGAUUGAUGUGUUUGAAAGACAAGAGGUAGGGGGCCGAUUGGCCACCCUGAACGUGGAAGGGCAAGAUUUUGAGGCAGGCGGUUCUAUCAUCCAUCCUUUAAAUCUGCACAUGAAGCGUUUUGUCAAAGACCUGGGUCUCUCCACGGUUCCAGCUUCAGGUGGCCUGGUGGGGGUGUACAAUGGAGAGACUUUGGUGUUUGAGGAGAGCAGCUGGUUUAUAAUAAACAUGAUUAAAUUAGUCUGGCACUAUGGAUUUCAGACUCUCCGGAUGCAUAUGUGGGUAGAAGACAUAUUAGACAAAUUCAUGAGGAUCUACCGCUACCAGUCUCAUGACUAUGCCUUCAGCAGUGUAGAGAAAUUGCUGCAUGCUGUAGGAGGGGAUGACUUCCUUGGACUGCUUAACCACACGCUUCAUGAAACCUUGCAGAAAGCAGGCUUCUCUGAGAAAUUCAUCAAUGAAAUGGUUGCUCCUAUCAUGAAGGUCAAUUAUGGCCAAAGCACAGACCUCAGUGCCUUUGUAGGGGCAGUGUCAAUGACUGGUGCUGAUUCUGGCCUUUGGGCAGUGGAAGGUGGCAAUAAAGUUGUUUGCUCACGGCUUCUUAAGGCUUCCAAAGGGAAUCUUAUAUCUGGCUCAGUAAUGUUUAUAGAGGAGAAAACAAGGACCAAGUUGACAGGAAAUCCCACAAAGAUGUAUGAAGUGGUCUACCAAACCGGAUCUGAGACCCUUUCAGACUUCUAUGACAUCGUCUUGGUGGCCACUCCAUUGAAUCAGAAAAUGUCCAAUAUAACUUUCCUCAACUUUGAUCCUCCAAUUGAGGAAUUUGACCAAUCCUACCAACAAAUAGUGACAACUCUUAUUAAGGGAGAAUUGAAUUCAACUGUAUUUAGCUCCAGAGCCAAAGAUCAGUUCGGCCUCUCUACAGUGUUAGUCACUGAUAAUUCAGAUUUGUUUAUUAACAGCAUUGCAAUUGUAUCCCCUGUAAGGGAAGAGGAAAAUCCUCUACCAUCAACAGAUGGAACAUACGUUUGGAAGAUAUUUUCCCCAGAUGUUCUUAGUAAAAAGCAAAUUAUGAAGUACUUUUUGUCAUAUGACUAUGCUGUGAAGAAGGCCUGGCGUGCGUAUCCUUUGUAUAAGCCCCCGCAGAAGUGCCCCUCCAUCAUACUCCAUGACCGGCUGUAUUAUGUCAACGGGAUAGAGUUUGCUGCGAGUGCCAUGGAAAUGAGUGCCAUUGCAGGUUACAACGCGGCUCUCCUCGCCUAUCAUCGCUGGAAUGGGAAUGCAGACAUGAUUGACCAAGACGGCCUAUAUGAGAAACUUAAAACUGAGCUAUGAAAUAACACUCUUUUUUUCCCUCCUGGUUCCCAGUGAGUAUCACCGGCAAAAAUCACUGAAUUUGAGCAGAGAUGAUUUUGAAUCAGAUGUUUUGCCAUUAUCAUCAUUUAAUUAACCCUUAUGGGUCAUAAAUGCAAGGUUCAAUGGAUAAUUUGCAUUUAGGACAUCUCCAGAAUUUCCUGCUCUUUCAAUAUCCAUGAGCAAUGUUUCCCAAACUUGUCUCAUUGUAGCAAUCACCUGGAGCUUGUUGAAACACAUGGAUCGCUGUGUACACGUCUGUAAUCUCAGUAUUCUGGAGGCUGAGGCAGCAGGAUUGCUGAAAGUUCCAGGCCAGCCUGGGCUACAUAGUGAGUUAAAGCCUGAACUACCUAGUGAGACCCUGUCUCAAAAACAACAAAACAAAAACAAAUACAAAGAAACCAACAUGUGGAUUCUCAAGUUUCUCUUUCUUUUGAGACUCUGAUUCAGUAGGUUUAGAAGUGGAGCCCUGGAUUUUAACCGAAACUGUGGAGCUGUUCAAGGUGAACUCUUGAAGAAUUUAAAGACAUGUUAGGGACUGGCUCAUUUGAGUUUCACAUUUGGGUACGAUCCUUAUUCAGACAGAUAAAACUGCUUUGGAAGUCGAUGUUUGGAGGCUGGCACUCAGCAGUGUGCACCAUUUGACCCGAAUGUACCUAUGGUUAAUCCUGGACUUUCACAAUGUUAUUCUUAGAUUGCUUUGUUACCAUUUUAUUAGGGCAAAAUUCAGAAGUCAUACGAGUAAAAUCUUAAGGUUUUAUACAAAGAUCUCUAGGAAAAUGGAAAGUAGAUAUGGGCUAAUUAAGAAAUUGACAUUCUAAUAUUAAGCAUUCUUUUGAGCUUUAAAAUUUAUUGAUAGGUCCAUACAUGCAGAGACGGAUUUAAUGAGUUGAGGAUAUGAAGUUGGCAUUACAGUUUUCUCAGCUUCCUAAUGUGCAGCCAGUAUUAAGAGACUUUUGGACAUGGGUGGUGAAGUGUCUACAGGGGUUUUUAGUGCCUUAGAAGUCCUAAGAAACCCAAACCAUUAUCAAAGCAGAUUUCACAAGGAACGAGUCUUCUCAGGGAGAACUUUCACGGUAAUCUUGGUAAGAAGCACUGACAGUCUUAAUAGCAGAGGCAACUUCUGCUGAGAGUAGUUGGCUUUAGGACACCAAACUCAGUCAAAUCCAGGAUAUGCUCACAGUGCUAAACAUAUCAGCUACUAUACCCUGCUAGGUUAGAGGGUGGUUGCUGAAAUCAAGCUUGCCUGCACAUUGGAAUCAACUGAAGGACUCAGAGCUUCACUUAUACAGCCAAACUUGAGAAAGCCAGUUCUAUGUUUGUCAUACAAAGGUUAUGAUCAAUUGUCGUAGCACUGGUACAAAGAACAAGUAAAUCUUGUGAAUUCUGACAGUAACUGCAACCAGGUUAACAUGCACUGUCACUUAAAGAUUCUUUCAUCAGAUUAUGUCAGUAGCUACUUUAGGAAAGUGGUGUGAGAGGACACUGACUCAUAAUAAAAAUUCUUCCCUAGUCCAAUUGUGACUAUUACAUAAUAUACUGAUAAAACUGCCAAGAUAUAUUUGAUACAAGGGCAGGAAUUAAACUCAUGGUUUAUCAAAGGUUAGCUCUUUUCUAGUUUUAACAAGUGUGAAGAGGCAUUUAUAUAUUUUCUCCUUUUGUGGUUUUAAUGAGGACAAUUUGUAGAGACUGUAAUGCUGUUAUAUAUACCACAGUAGUCCCUCUUAUCUGAGGGGGAUGUUUGUGGAUCCCUGGUGGUUGGCUGAAACUGGACAGUACUGAACCCCAUAUAUACUGUGUUUCUUUCUAUACACACAUACUCAUGAGAAAGUUUAUAAAUUUAUAAAUUAGGCAGAGAUGAACAGUAUCUAAUCAUAACAAAAACCCUAACAUAGUAUAAAGUAUUUAAUUUUUAUGAUUUCUGGCAUUUUUUGUUAAAUAUUUUUAGACCAUGGUUGGUUCUUGGUAACUGAAGCUAUGGAAGCCAAACUAGAUAGGGAGGACUACUGUAAAUAUUGGUGUAUACUAAUGAAAUGAUUUACUUUCUACCAUUUGUAGACUUUGCAAUCGGAUAUAUUUUUACUUAUAAAAACACCAACGUAAAAUGUUGCUGGUCUUACAUCAAACCUAUUCUGAUUCAGUUUUCCAAUAGGGUAUCUGAAAUUUCUUUCCUAAGAUCAAAACAGGUGGAGUCAUCAGACAUAGUAGAUAUUUUCAAUGUAACUACAAUAUUAAUACUUUUUUUAAAAGAAAAUUGGGAAAAAAAUAUUAGCGCCUUCUACUCCAGGCAUAUUGGGGUAAUUUUACUGUAACUGCAGCAUUAAAGAACAACUUUAUGAAAGGAAAAAUAGUUUCAAAGUUUGCUCCGCUUACAGAAGAGACGGGUAACCGUGAUGCAGGGGCUGAGUGGGAGCCAACUCUACUCCAGUCCAAGUGAGUUAAGUAUGCAUCUGAAUUACUUGGAAUGAAUAUGAAAAUGCUGCUGUGUCCCACCCUAGGAUGUUACUUAAUAGGAUUAUAGUGGCACACAAAAACUUGCAUUUUGGGCUGGGGAUAAAGCUCAUUGACACAGUGCCCUUGCCUGGUAAGCACCGCAGUCUUGAGUUUGGUUCCUGAUACUAAAAAACAAACCAAGAAACCUGCCCCCCUCCCACAAACUUGCAUUUCUAUGAAGUUUUCAGGUGAUGCUACUAUUGUAGGAACCACAAUUGGGGUUCCUAGACAACCUCUUCUAAAAUCAACAUCUAUGAAGAUUUAGCGAUGCUGAAGAAUAGAAGGAAAAUGACUGGACUUAACAUCAGUUCUCCUUACUGUGAUUACUUGAUUUGUUUUAUUGUAAACGUUUUCUAUGAAGAGGAAACACCAUUUAUAUACACCAUUAGUUGUUUUAAAAGAAUCUUACAAGCUCACUUGUGUAUACAUCAUUUUCCAGUUUUAAACUGAUUAGAGACUUGCAGGGUCUUGACAGAUCACAAAAAAGCAGAUAGACCUUCAGGCAUUUGCUUAGAAUGUUAGGGUUAGCUCAUAAUACAACCAUGUGUAAUAUAUGUCAUUUGAGCUGCUGAACCAAAAACAAAAUCCAUGAAGUAGAUGAACAUAUUGUUGGCUACAUUUUCACUACUCAGUCACAAUAUGCUGUGUUCCUCUGAAAUCCUGUUUCUAACUCUUGAAGUUUUCCCACUGAGUGAUUGUGUUAACAAUAAAUGACUGUGUCAGUA